AAUAAACACCCAACACCACAGAUAUACAGAGCCGAAUCGAACGAAAACAAUAAUUAGAAAAUUUUGCGCUUUAUGUAGUGAACAGAUGAGUUGAUAGGUGUUUGUUUGCCCACCGUUUAUUGGCGACUACAACUCAAAACGAUCAACGAACAAAACUAUGCCGAACAAAAAUUCGAAAAUCAAAUAGUUCAUUGGGUGAUGGGUGUAAAGGAAAAUUGUUUGCGGAAAAAAGAGAGAAACAUUUAAAAUAUUGUGUGAGAGCGACCCAAGAAGAAGAAGAAAAAAUAAAUAAUUACACAUAUCACAUGUUAAAGAUUCUUGCUUUUUUUUUGCAAUAGACUGUAGGCCAGUAAUCGAAAUAAAUUCUUUAUCGUGACAGUGAAAUAUCAACGAACCAUUUGUGGCUGUAUUCCCAUUUACUUUCGCGUACACAAAAACCAAAUGCAUUUUGGAUUCGAUUCAAUUCAACGAAAUGUUGUGAUAGAUGAAUAAAAUAUCGUGUUUAGCUAAAGUGUGGGACAAUUAAGUUUAUUGUUUGUCUACACUAUUUUUGUUUUGUUUUGUUGUGUUUUUUUUUUUCUUCAAAUAAUUUUGCUUUCGGAAUAUUUAAAAACAUAAUCAACCGGAUUAUUCAAGAAAACCUGUGUAGUCGGUUCAAGGCAUUGCAUUACAAAAAGGCGCUCACUUCAUUUAUUCAAUCGCUUGAAAUCAGUAAAUAAUUGACAAACCGAAAAUGUUGUGUAGACACACGCAAAAAGCGUAUAAAUUUUAGUGGCAUCGCUAGCCGAAGCAAUUUCGUAUAGUUUACUUUGUGUUAAUUUUGAUAAAUUUUUUGUUUCAUUGUUAAAUUGAAAGCGACUGUGGAUACAAUGACGGAUUAAUUAAUGCUCUUGGUUAAAAUCAAUAGCGUUGCGAUUUGGAGUUCGCAGAACCUCCAUUUGAAUAAUUCGAUUGCUGUUCCCAUCGGAUUUCUAGAAUAGAUCCACCAGUUUUGGUUUAGUGGACACACACAGAGAGAGAGAGAGAGAUAGAGAGAGAGAGAGAGAAAGAGAGAGAGAAAGAGAGAGAGAAAGUAUCAAAAUGCACUUUUCUAUACCAGAUACUCAACAGUUCAUCUGUAAUAAUACCGGUGCAAAUUUUACUGGCUUCAAUAUACAUAUUAACGGGUGUUUCCAUUGUUGUCUGCGAUACAAGCAAAUCCAUUGUUUGCACGAGCAAUUGAAACGAUGUUUUCCCGGUUUUGUGCUGCCACCGUUUCCAUCGAAGAAAUUUUUGCCACUCACACAAAAUCAAUUGGAGCAACGACGAUCACAUCUGGAACGUUAUAUUCAAUUGGUUGGCCAAGAUCCUGUCUUUUCGAAAUGUGAACUAUUGCGAUGUUUUCUACUGAAUGCCCAACAAGAAUCGGCCCAAAUUCAACCGCAUGAAGUCACAUUAGACGUUUACUUAAUGAAUGGCUAUCGUAUUCCGGUCAGUUGCUACACAACCGAUUUUACUAGCAAAAUUCUGGAGAAGGCCGCACAAAAUAUCGAUUUAGCGCCACAAUUUGUCGAAUACUUUACCCUGUAUUUGAUGCGUACCGAAAAGAAUGGCGAUACAACAUUGGUACGACGAUUAAUGGACUUUGAAGCACCGUACAUGACGCAACGGGUGCUCAACGAUUGCCAAAUAGUCAUAAGAAAAAGCUACUGGGACUGUAUAUACGAUCAAGCAUUGUUUGACAACAGUGUUGCCCUGAACCUAUUGUACAUCUUAACAUUAAGCGAUGUUGAUCGUGACUGGAUCUUAAGUGGGCCUGACAUUCGUGAUCAAUUGUAUGAGCUGCAAGGGAAAGGGAACAAAAAAGAAUAUUUACAAAUCGCAAGAAAACUGCCGUCGUAUGGAAGCAUCAAAUUUUCGAAUGCAACCGCUGAUUAUCCAUACGUAAAUAAUCUCGUGAAUAUAUUGAUUGGCAAUAAGGAGUUAUCCAUUCAAAGCACUACAAACGAUGGCAAAUGCCAAGAAACUAAAUUCAAAAUAACACGAAUGCGUUGCUGGCGAGUCACAACCAAUUACAACAAUGAGGAGAAUUCGUCACGCUCAACAGCUGAUGCAGGAUGUAAUAGCAAUAGCGAUUCAAAUUGCCCGACGAUGGAGCUCUCUUUUGAAUAUUUAAUGGCUAAAAAUAUUCUACAAUGGAUUACAAUUACCAGCGAACAUGCAAUGCUUAUAUCGGUGUGUUUGCAGAGCAUUGUCGAUGAACUGUUAAAUCAGAAGGAUGGCCACGAUCUACGCCAAAACAUUGACUCGGAGCAGCCAACUAAACGACAACCGCCCCAAUCUCUACCGGUGCUUACCUAUAUUCGUCGUGAUGGCCAAAUGUGUAAAAAUAACAAAAAAGAAGAGGUUCGACGCAUUUCAUCAACCAGCUCAAAUGAAACCAUCUCUAGUUUGACGGAAAGCGACGUACCGCUAAAUGUUACGGGCGAAACAUUCUCAUUUCGCAAAAAGCUAAAGGAGAAGUUAUCCACAAACACAACCGUAUUCUUCCGCAAUGGCAAAGACUCUUCCGUUCACAAUGAUGCAUUUGAAGAAAUUGGUGACGAUGAUUUAUAGUUCAAAUGAAUCGACAUAAAAACACGAAAUUCAUUUCGAGGCCAAUCUAUUACUCUUAGAAACCAUGUCAAUCCAUUUAUAUUUUGUACUACAUUUGAUAAUGUACAAUUGUACAUAGAAUUUAAUUAGUUUUAGUAAACACAGAGAGUGUAACUCCGAGGAGGAGGAAUGGUGAGGAGGUGAAUGAGGAGGAGGAGUGCGCCGAGGAGGUUCCUCCACCUCACAUGAGGAGAAAAUAAAAAUUACCAAAAUUUAUAUGCCUCAAUUUUGGUAAUUUUUAUUUCCUUCUCAUUCACCUCCUCACCGUUCCUCCUUCUCGGAGUUACACUCCCUGAGUAAACAUGAUCAAAAGUCUACCAUGAAUAUAAAUUUUUUUUCGACUUUGUUAAAUAAGUUGCCAUCGAUUUCUUUUUUUUUUUAAAAGAAGAUCAUUUGAAUGCAUUGCAUUUUUUCUUGAUCGAGAGCUCUCUUUUUUUGCUAAAUAUCAUUUUUGAGAAAAUAAAAACACAUACCAUUAGCCUAAGGAUUUGUUUCUAGAUUUUUAAUAAUGUAAAAAAAAGCAAAUUGUUAUUUUUGUACGGAUUAAUAUUUUUUUUCUUGGCUGAACCAAGGUUUUAUUCAAUUUUUGUGAACUUAUUCCGAUUCAUUUGAGCGCAACAAUAAUUCGUAAUGUAAACUCAUAUCGAUUUGUUUUUAUAAAAUGGGAAUUAGCUCUUAAGAUCAUGGUUUAACUACCACAUUCAAUUCAGCAGCAUUUUUUGCACCUUUUAUUUGUUUUAUUGUUGAGAAAAUAAUUUGUUUAUGUUUAAUAACAAAAACUCUCUAUUAUAAAUAUAUCAUUUUCUAUGGGAAACACCACAUAUAUCAUAUGGGUUAAAUCAAUAAAGAAAAAUCAUGGAAUAGAAA